UGAAUUUAAUUGAGUAAUCAAGAUGGUGGGGAAUGGUUGCUUUGUGCAAUGCUCACCAGUAGCAAUACUGCUGUAAUCCUGCAGAAUAGUGACAUAACUAACCUGCAUCAGUAUUGCUGCUAAUCCCUGCAGAGCAUCAUCACAACAGCUUCUGAACACAUGCUGUCGGACAGAGCUCCGCUUUGGGUGGACAGGGUCCCUCUGUUGAGCUGCCUACUGGUUUUUCUUGCUUUCUGUUUGUUUGCUGUGUCCUUGUUGUGGUAUUUGCAUACCUGCUGUCACUUCCGUGUGUGUGUGUGUAGGCUGGCCGUUGGGGGCUGAACUUUGAUUCAUAAAGCAAUAGUAGACAGCAGACAGUAAAAGAAGUAGUCUUAUCAUUGUCAGACUGAAUGACCUCCAAAUCAGUACAGUUAAUACAUCCAUAAUCUGUGGUCAAGAGAAAAUACUCACUCAUUUCUUGCAUCAAUAAAUGCAUCUGCAUUAACAGUGUUGCCAGAUUUUUAAAUCAUGCUUGGAGUAAAUGUUAGUUUGAGGCUGUUAGUGCAAAGUGCUUAUCCUUAUUGAUUAACUUCUAAAGACUCCUUGGGCUCCAGAGCUGCAGGCUUUCCUCUGGGCCUCUCCAUGUAGCCUAGUUUUAUUCUAGCAUCCCCCCCAAGAGUGCAGUUAUUUUCAGUAAAAUGUGGUGUUCUGCUCUGAUUUUGUCAAUGCUUUGUUCUUCACUGUAAAGAAAUCACAAAAAAACGUAUAGAAGCAGAACACUUCCUAAUAUUUUAGUAAACAGCUGCUGUUCCAGAUGUGAAGUCGGUCAGGCUGCGUCUUCUUUCCAGCCUCAGUAAAGUCAAUAGAUAAAAGCUUUUCUUUAGCGGCAUUCAAACAUUCAAUCAUUGGAGGGAAUGGGUCUGUUAGUUCGACCAAACCUGGCCUUUGUUUGUUGGAUAAGUGACGCAGGGGGGAUAUUGAUGUGAUUAGAGUGAUUACACAGAAUGGACGCAUUCCUGAGCAAGGUCCAAUAGUUCAGAAAUUGGUAAAUAUUAAGGUUAUGCAAGACUGUGUGGUCACAUUUGGCUAAAUAGCUAAAUCAGCAGCGUCAGGAUGGUGUUGUGCACUAUAGUCUCCUCGGCAGCAUAACUAAGAUCCUGCCUAAUGUGCUUUCACCUGACCUAUCUGAAAACAGGCUGAACUUUAUCUUAAAUUUCAGUUAAACUCAGUUUUAUUUAUAUCAUUACACUCGCUUAAGGUGCUUUAUAUGGCACGGUAAAGACCCCAACGAUCCAGUGACCCCCAAUGAGCAAACACUUGGGGACAGUGGGAAGGAAGAACUAACUUUUAACAGGAAGAAUUCUCUGGCAGAAUCAAACUGGUUGGGGGGCAAGGGGUGAAAGACAGGAUAAAAGAUGCACUGUGGAAGAGAGCCAGAGAUUAAUAGUAACUAAUGAUUAAAUGCAGACUGGUGUAUGAAGGGAGAAGAAGAUACACUCGUGAGAAACCCUGAGCAGCCUAUGCCUAUUGCAGAGUAACUAAGCGAGGAUUCAGGGUCAACUGACUCAAAUAAGUGCUUUAUCAAAGUACACCUUUAAAUCUUUGCUGUUAAAAUAUCCAAGUUUGAGAAUUUGAAAACAUAACUUGGAAAGGAGAUAAUGCCUGUGACAGUUAUUUAGCUAAACUUCCACUACAGUGCAGUAUGGUGCUGCAUAGGCGUGAUCUUGUUUUGUACUUUUUUAGCUUCGGAGAGCUGUUUUCUUGCCUUAACGGUCAAAGCAGACUUCUGCAACUCACGCCACCCACACGUUGUGUAUGUAUAGCCCACACCUACCCCUAUUCUACCCAGUGGUUUGAAAACAAUGCUUUGUGUAUUUCUUAUUUGUGAAACCUCGAUCAUGAACAGGGGGGCUCUUACACUGUUAUAUAAUGCCUCCCACUCUACUGUAAUCCCUCUUAUGCUAACUUAGCACCCCAUGUGACGGUGCUGGACCGCUGGAAGAAAAAGGGUGGCUGUCGGGACUGUCGGCAAGGCAUGGGUGCUCUUCGUAGACUCUGGCCACACACCUACACACAAAAACACACACGCAGUAGCCUGUGUAUAAGAAGGAGUAUUUAUCCUAGGAAGUGCUUUACUUGGAUUUGCGAUGCUGGAUGGAGGCACAACACCGGUGCUUGUCUUCAUUGCCAAGGCUUGGAGUAGAUAUCUACUACACGGAGCAUAUGUUCUGAAUGACACUUUAGCUCUUUUCUUCAUCUGCCUGUGAGCCACGAGAGGGGAUCUUUGUCCUCCGAUGAGCCAUCAAUGUGGACUUCAGCUGGUGAUUUGACAAGUCUCGUAUAGGAGCAUCCCGAGUCUCUCCUUCCCUCUCUCCCCCUCCCUUUUCCUCUAUCCCUCCCUCCCCCGUUCCCUUGUCAAUCUCCUCCCUGAUCCCCCUAUCCCCCUUCUCCAAGCUUCACCAUGCUCAUCAAGGAGUACCGCAUCCCCAUGCCCAUGAGUGUGGAGGAGUACCGCAUCGCCCAGCUUUAUAUGAUACAGAAGAAGAGCAGAGAAGAGAGCUGUGGUGAAGGCAGUGGGGUGGAGAUCCUAGAAAACAAGCCGUAUACAGAUGGACCGGGCGGGAUCGGCCAGUACACCCACAAGGUCUACCAUAUUGGCAUGCACAUUCCCAGCUGGUUCCGCUCUAUCUUGCCCAAAGCGGCACUGAGGGUUGAAGAAGAGUCCUGGAACGCCUACCCUUACACCCGCACCAGAUACACUUGUCCCUUUGUGGAGAAGUUCUCUAUUGACAUUGAGACAUACUACAAGCCCGACACUGGCAACCAGGCAGAUGUCUUCAACAUGUCAGCAGCAGAGAAAAGACAGAGGACUAUUGACCCAAUUGACAUAGUGACAGAUCCCAUCCCCGCUCAUGAGUACAAAUCAGAGGAAGACCCGAGGCUUUACAAGUCAGCCAAGACCCAGAGGGGUCCUCUGUGGGACGACUGGAUAGAAGAGUACAACAAUAACCCAGGCAAGACCCCCAUCAUGUGUGCCUACAAGCUCUGUAAGGUGGAGUUCCGCUACUGGGGCAUGCAGUCAAAGAUUGAACGCUUUAUUCAUGAUGUUGGCUUAAGAAAGGUGAUGGUGCGUGCCCACCGGCAGGCCUGGUGCUGGCAGGAUGAGUGGUAUGGUCUGACCAUAGAAGACAUCAGGCAGCUGGAGCUGGAAACCCAGCUGGCCCUGGCCAGGAAGAUGGCUCAGUUUAGCCAGGCAGAGGAGGCCACCGAGGCCAACGGAGGCACACCGUCUCCAGACAAAGACCAGGAGGUUAAAGAGGCAAUCAGCUGUAUCGAAGCUGAAGCAGUCGUUCCCAGCUCAGGAGGAGAAACUCUGCAGCCACGAGGUAUACUUACCAAGCAGUGGUCCACCUCCUCCCGAUCCUCCCGAUCAUCCAAGAGAGGAGUGAGCCCGUCACGUCACAGCAUCUCCGAGUGGAGGAUGCAGAGCAUUGCACGAGACUCGGACGACAGCUCGGACGAGGAGUUCUUCGAUGCUCACGAGGAUCUCUCUGAUGGAGAGGAGGUCUUCCCGAAAGAGAUUGCCAAGUGGAACUCCAAUGACCUCAUGGACAAGAUCGAAGCUGCAGAAACGGAGGAAACUCCUGGUGAGCUGUUCAAGGAAAUGACUGUUGAUUAUGAAAGAGCAACCAGCGAGGAAAGAUUAGAUGAGGAGAGCUCUUCCCAGCAGUGUCUGCAGCCCUCCAAGAUCCAUGUGCUCAUCUUGGUCUUGCACGGAGGGAACAUCCUGGACACCGGAGGAGGCGACCAGAACAGCAAGCAGGCCGACGUCAACACAAUCAGUACGGCUUUUGACACAGUCAUGCGUGUUCACUAUCCUGCGGCGCUGGGACGCAUCGCCAUCCGCUUGGUGCCCUGCCCUGCCAUCUGUGCUGAGGCCUUCUCCCUAGUGUCCAACUUGAGCCCUUACAGCUACGAUGAAGGUUGUCUGUCCAGCAGCCAGGACCACAUCCCGCUGGCAGCCCUGCCUCUCCUCGCCACCUCUUCUCCACAGUACCAGGAUGCUGUGGCCACCGUCAUCUUCCGAGCCAACCAGGUGUAUGCGGACUUCAUAAAAUCUCUGGACGGGGCUUCUUUCUCCGGCCAGGUUUGCCUCAUUGGGGACUGUGUGGGAGGAAUCUUGGGCUUUGAUGCUCUGUGCAGCAGCAAUCAAACAGUAAAUGAGAGCCAGAACAGCAGUCGCAGGGGCAGUGUCAUUAGCGUACAGGACCAGGAUCUUCUCUCUCCUGGCAUCAUUGUCAACAGCGGACACGGAUCAGCAUCUCCAACCUUGGAGGGCAGCCGCCACCUCAGUCGCAGCAACAUCGAUAUCCCACGUACCAGCGCAGGCGACGACACCAAGAGACAGCUGCCUCGGAAGAGAAGUGACUCUUCCACCUACGAGCUGGACACCAUAAAGCAGCACCAGGCUUUCCUGUCCAGCUUACAUUCCAGUGUCUUGCGGAACGACACAACCUCCCGAAGGUCGAGCAGUAGCACAAUGCUGGAUGGAGGCUCCCUGGGGAAAUUUGACUUCGAAGUGUCCGACUUUUUCCUCUUUGGCUCUCCACUUGGCUUGGUACUUGCCCUGAGAAAGACUGUGAUCCCUAUGUUAGAUGUGGCCCAGCUACGACCUGCCUGUCAGCAGGUUUAUAAUCUGUUCCACCCCGCUGAUCCUUCAGCCUCCCGCCUCGAACCUCUGCUGGAGCGGAAAUUUCACCUCCUCCCUCCGUUCAGCGUGCCCCGUUACCAACGCUUUCCCCUGGGAGAUGGAAACUCCGCCCUGCUGGUGGAGACAGUCCAGAGCAACGCUCAGCUGCUGCUUGACAGCGGGCCUCUCCUGUCCCUUCGCUGUCAGGAGACCAUCAGUGAGACCUGCAUCCCUGUACCUGUGCUAAACUGGCAGGAGGGCUCCCUCAAAGCCACACCCGCCACUAUGGAGUCGGAUGUUGUUCAGUCUCAUGGUGGUGUCUUCAUGGACAGUUCGUACCCCUCAUCCCCCGUAACGGGCCCCCUCUCCCGGGGCCAGCGGAGGGCCAGUGAGGUCAGCAUUGCCAGCCAGGUCUCAGGAAUGGCAGACAGUUACACUGCCACCAACAUAGCCAACACUGAAUCAAAUCAGGUUAACCAAUCCAAAAAAUACAGUCUUUUGUCCCUACUCGCCCUAUCAUCACAAAACAAAUUCUUCCUGAAAACUCCUCCCACGUCCCGUAAGGAAACAAAGGCUUGCCAGGCCGCAGGAUCUUCUGAUGCAUACGUAGCGGCAGAGCUGGACGAUGAGGCAGACUCUAGUGAACCUCUAAGUCCCACCGGCCAGUACGAGAACUACCGGGCAGGGCUGGACUUUGCUAUAUCUGAUCUGGUCUCACUGGACUCCCAGGCUGAAGUGGACCAAGUUGCAGCACGCUGGUGGGGCACAAAGCGGCUGGACUUUGCCCUGUACUGCCCCGAUGCCCUAACAGCUUUCCCCACAGUGGCUUUACCGCACCUGUUCCACGCAUCAUACUGGGAGUCUACUGAUGUUGUGUCUUUUCUCCUGAGGCAGGUCAUGAGGCACGAAAACUCAAGCAUUCUGGAGCUCGAUGGAAAAGAAGUGUCUGAAUUCACCCCCUCUAAACCUCGAGAAAAGUGGCUCCGCAAGAGGACUCACGUGAAGAUCAGGAACGUGACCGCCAACCACAGAGUGAAUGAUGCCGUCUUCACUGAAGAUGGCCAGCAGGUCUUGACAGGCCGCUUCAUGUACGGCCCUCUGGACAUGGUGACUUUGGCCGGGGAGAAGGUCGACCUCCACAUCAUGACUCAGCCACCAUCGGGAGAAUGGGUGUACUUCAACACCGAGGUGACCAACAGCAGCGGGCGCGUGUCUUUUGUCAUCCCAGAGGACAAGCGUCUGGGAAUCGGCGUGUACCCGGUUAAAAUGGUGGUCAGGGGUGACCACACGUUCGCUGACAGCUACCUGACAGUUGUUCCACGUAGCACGGAGUUCGUAGUGUUCAGCAUCGAUGGUUCAUUUGCUGCCAGCGUUUCGAUCAUGGGCAGUGAUCCCAAAGUGCGAGCUGGAGCUGUAGAUGUUGUCAGGCACUGGCAGGAUUUAGGCUAUCUGAUCAUCUACGUGACCGGACGGCCAGACAUGCAGAAGCAACGGGUAGUGGCCUGGUUGUCUCAGCACAACUUCCCUCAUGGCAUUGUCUCCUUUUGCGAUGGCCUGGUCCACGACCCGCUCAGGCACAAGGCCAACUUCCUCAAGUCUUUGACAGAGGCACACAUGAAGAUUUUUGCUGGCUAUGGAUCAACCAAAGACAUCUCAGUCUACACCUCCAUUGGCCUCCCUUCUUCUCAAAUAUACAUUGUUGGCAGACCUUCUAAGAAGAUGCAGCACCAGUGCCAGUUCAUCACAGAGGGAUACGCAGCUCAUCUGUCCCAGCUGGAGUACAACCAUCGCUCUCGGCCAGCCAAGACCACCAGUGCACGCAUGGUGCUACGCAAAGGCAGCUUUGGCUUGGGAGCAAACAGUGACUUCUUGAGGAAGAGGAACCAUCUGUUACGCACCAUCUCCUCUCAGCCAGCCCCCAGCUCUCCGACGGGCAGCAUCCACAACAGGCCGGAGCGCACGCAGAGCCAAUCAGACAGCGAGCGGCUGGAGCGGGAGCGGCUGGAGCGCGCUCACAGCCACGGCCAGGGAGGGGCCCAGCGCAGCAUGAGCAUCACGGCCAGCUGCUGGGGCCGCAGCAGCAGCACCAAGCUGGAGCCAGGAGUUUUCAGCUCAAAAUGAGACUGGAGACACGAUGCAUGGUUCGGGAGAGUGACUUACAAAUGCAGUGCUGAGGAAGAGACACAAAGUGACGUGAAUAUAAACGCAAACAGUGGAAAGCAGUUGGCUUCUUGCACCAGAUAGGUAAAAUACCAUAAGGAAAAAAAUUCAGGUGCUAUAAAUCACUCUUU